AUGUCGUCGAGAGGCGCUAACAGAGGUCGAAACUACUGGGGUAAGUCUAGUCGGGGGAAGACUCGUGGGGCUGGUGGGGGCUUCUCGCAGGGUUCAGCAGCAUUCCAUGUUCCUCCGCCAGUAUCUGACGAACCUUUGGGAGAAGAAAUCGACAAAAUCAAUAUAUCAACUCUAUUGAUCGAAGACAAUGCCCCUAGAAUUGCAAAUGCCAAUUAUGUUGCUUCUUACAAUUGGUUGGAUGCCAAAUCUCCCAUAAUUCUUGUACCAGGUUCUCCCCCUGCAUGGUCUCCUCUCGAAAAAGAUGAGAAGCUUCCAGCAGACAGUGGAAGUGUAUACCGCGACCUCAAUGUUGCACGAUAUCCAGACUAUCCACUGGAACCUGCUGUUCGAUCCAUCCUAGCUCUCGAACCAGACUUUGAUCUACAAGCUGUGGACUUGGUAGCAUGCGGGUCUACAAUGGGGAAUCUUUUGAGAUUUGCAGGCUCGUUGGAGAAGUCAUUUCGAUUUGAUGCGGAACUUGUAGGGGACAGCGUCUUCUUCAUUAGAAAGGAAAAGACUCCGACGGAGACUAUCGAUAAUCUCAGAGGAUACGGUCAUACAUUUCCAGAACGAUACACUACAUGGGACAGAGACGUAGGGGGUUCUUGCUCACAUCAACGCAUAAUCGAGUACGACUUCGCGGACCUUCAUCUUUUGGUUCGCAGCGAGAGUGAUGGAUAUGUCAAGAAGCAAGAUCCACACAAUCAUCUCACGAAGGAUGCAAAAGAUGAGACACAGUCGUCACUGGAUGAAGCAUUUGACAAUCUAGGAGUGGGCCGUGCCGCUGCCGCACCCGAUCAUUCAAAGCUCGACUUGCGAAUGCAAGGCGUCAAGAUACCCCAAAGUCAAAUUUUCGAUAUGAAGACGAGACGUAGCCUUAACGUCUUUGACAUGGAAGAGAUUCUUCCUCGACUUUGGGUGAAUCAGACUCCAAACUUCUUAAUUGCAUAUCAUGAAUUUGGGCUGUUUCAUAAACCCAAAGUGUCAAGCGUCAAGGACAAGGUUCUCCAAUGGGAGGAAAAGAACGCGGUUCUAUUGAGCAAAUUUCACGUUCUUAUAAAGAGGAUCAUGGAUUCUGUGAAAGAUUCUGACGAUCAUCGCGCAGAGGUUAGUUGGGACGGAAAGGGUCCAUUGCGAGUGACAAAACAAAUCAGAGAGGGAAAUCGAGUUCUCCCAGAUGACUUGUUGCAGAAAUGGGACGAUCUCGACUAA